UCUCAUGUAGUCUCAGGCUUUAUGUGCUAUCAUCAGCUCUGUUUGCACAUGUUAUGUGUGUCUUUUCUGUGUGUGUGUGUGUGUGUUUGUUGUCUGUCUGGUCGUGUGUCUCUGUGUUACACAGCGGUUCGACCACCACUGUGAGUGGCUGAAUAACUGCGUGGGGAGACGUAACUACUGUGUGUUCCUGCUCUUCCUCCUUCUGCUGAUGUCAUACCUGCUCCUGGUCCUCUCCUCCUCGCUGUUCUACCUCUUCCUCACCCUCCUCACCCUGCACCAGCCCUUCAGCCUGCCCCACGCCACCACUGUGGUCAUCAUGGUUACCAGCCUGGCCUGUGUGCUCUUGGUCUUGGUUAUACUUGUCAGCAACAUCAAGCUGAUCUCCAAUGGAGAGCCAUCCUCUACUAUAGAGCCCUACUUUGAGCCUGAUGAUAAGAACCCGUUUGAUCAGGGCUGCUGGAAGAACUGGACCAGCAUCCUCUGUUCCCGGACUGGACCCAGGUAUCUGGGGGCUGUGAAGCCCAGCAGAAGAGGAGACACUGAGGGGGACUGGAGCAGUCUAACUCUUCCCCAUCAGGAGGACCAGUGUUUGUACAGCUGCAGCUCAGUCCCCUGUUGUAAUACUUGUAAACAUCACAAGGUGGCGGUAGGCCCAGCCAGCCCAGGCCGUUUCAAGCACAGCACACUGAGUCUAGACAGUCUGAAGGAAGGGAGAGGGUGUCGAUGCUGCUACAGGGAAGUACUACCAGCCGGCUGUGUGACAACAGACAAACACAGCGACAACAACAAGCCCUCACAGAGCUCUGCUGUGGAGAUCCCAGAUAUGUUGGCUGUUGGUGAUGAGGACUUGGACCAGGAACGGGAUGGAGUUCUGAUCCGAGCUGCAAAGUAGCUUUACAUCCUGACCACCAGAGGGAGCUGGGUAGACAACCACACCACAAAACCAGCUCCAGGCCUGGAGCACCUCAACACCAUAACCAACACCAGCCCCAGGCCUGGAGCACCUCAACACCACACCACAACACCAGCCCCAGGCCUGGAGCACCUCAACACCAUAACCAACACCAGCCCCAGGCCUGGACCACCCCGACACCAUAACCAACACCAGCCCCAGGCCUGGACCACCUCGACACGAUAACCAACACCAGCCCCAGGCCUGGACCACCUCAACACCAUAACCAACACCAGCCCCAGGCCUGGAGCACCUCAACACCAUAACCAACACCAGCCCCAGGCCUGGACCACCUCAACACCAUAACCAACACCAGCCCCAGGCCUGGACCACCCCGACACCAUAACCAACACCAGCCCCAGGCCUGGAGCACCUCGACACCAUAACCAACACCAGCCCCAGGCCUGGACCACCUCAACACCAUAACCAACACCAGCCCCAGGCCUGGACCACCUCGACACCAUAACCAACACCAGCCCCAGGCCUGGACCACCCCGACACCAUAACCAACACCAGCCCCAGGCCUGGAGCACCUCGACACCAUAACCAACACCAGCCCCAGGCCUGGACCACCUCAACACCAUAACCAACACCAGCCCCAGGCCUGGACCACCUCAACACCAUAACCAACACCAGCCCCAGGCCUGGACCACCUCAACACCAUAACCAACACCAGCCCCAGGCCUGGAGCACCUCG